CUGAGUAGUGAUUUAAAUCAAAUCCACCCUGCUGCAGUAUAUGUGUGUGUGUCUGUGUGUGUUCAUUCUUGCAGGUUUUUAAAGAUUCCCCCACCCUGCUUUGUGCAGGUGUUGUGGUCUCCUUAUUUAUGAGUGACUAUUUAUUAACGUAUUUUACUCUUCAUUGAUUACAUUUUUAUCAUCUUCUCUGUAUCAGCAGGUCUGAGAGAGGGGUACUGUUAAUAAGGCCACCCUAAAACAAUUUAGUUACAAAACCCCCCACAAAAAAAACCACCCAACAGAUCAAAAACCAAGGCUGCUGCCCCACUACAGAGUCCUGGGACUUGUAGUUUUUUGUGGCACCAGAGCUCCCUGACAGGGAAGGCUAAAUAUUUCACAAAGCUAAAAAUCCCAGAAUUCCAUACCAUUGAACCAUGGCAGUUGAAGUAGUGUCAAACUGCAUUAAUUCUGCAGUUUAGAUGCAGCCCAAGCCAAGAUGCCACUGGAAUCCAAAUGCCUGGGUGAACUGAAGAAAUGUUAACAGAGCUGCUGCAAGGGUCACUCAGGUUCCAAGGAGAGGGCAUUCCACAACCCAGGAUGCUAUAGCCCAUUCUCCACAUGGUGGCUUGCCUCCAAAGAUGGGACAUAAAGGAGGCAGGGAGUUACUAAUGAAUGUUUUCUUUUUCAGAACUUGCUAAUGGCUGUUUUCCUUUUCAGUCGCAUUGUCACCUCUGUUCCCCAGCACAUUAAUGCUGGGCCUGGAGAUCCGAGUGAAGGUCUCAGAUUAUGUGCGGGACAGGAUCCAGUCACUGAGAGCAUCUCAUCCUGGGCAGUUCCAGAACAUCGCCUGCAUUCGCAGUAAUGCCAUGAAGCACCUGCCCAACUUUUUUCUCAAGGGACAGCUGUGCAAGAUGUUCUUCCUUUUCCCUGAUCCUCAUUUCAAGAAGACAAAGCACAAGUGGCGGAUUAUCAGCACAACUUUGCUGGCAGAGUACGCCUAUGUCCUGCGUGAACAGGGCCUGGUAUAUACCAUCACAGAUGUGGAAGAAGUCCAUAAGUGGAUGGUUAAACAUUUUGAAGAACAUCCUCUUUUUGAGCAAGUGCCGCUGAAAGAACUGUGCAAUGAUCCCAUUGUUGAUCUCCUGGGGACAUCAACAGAAGAGGGGAAGAAGGUUCAGAGAAAUGGAGGGAAGACCUUCCCAGCUGUCUUCCGGCGGAUCAGCGACACAACACAGGAAGUGGCAGGAACAUGACUGGGGAAAUUCCAGAUCUCUCUCCAGUGUUACAUUAUCAAUGGAUGUCUGCAUUAAGAAGGACCUUCAGAGCUUGUGUUGCAUAAAGAAUGAGGUAGACCGAAAUGUCUGGUCACACUGGGGUUAUGCUUCUAUGAAUGCAACUGAGGGAAUCCCCAAAGACUUGCAUAAGGCUCGCUUGUGUUAUUCUACUUUGCCCAUAAAAGGUGCCAGAAUGGCUGUGGUGGCCUUAAUGAAUAGAAAUUGGAAUUCCAGACAUGAAUGCAAGGACCAAUGAUUAUGAGACAGAAAGGUGGUGUAUCUCUCAAUCCGUGGUAUAUUUGUAGAUUUAUUUCUAAAUGGAUAAUAAAUCAGAAGAUACAUCUAGUAGCUCUGUACUGCUGAAUCCCACCUACAGUCAAUUUCAGAG